GCGGGAAGCGGUUCCGCAUCGCCUGUAUCGGCGGUUUCCCGCGCGCGCACGCGCGCGCCUGGCUCCGCGAGCACCUGAGCAGAGCGACACCUGUCCCCUCCCGCGUGCCGCCCGUCGGACCAUGAGGCUCCGCAGGUGAACAGGGUGAGGACGUCGCCGAGCGGGGAAAAAUCCGCCUCUGCGCUUGAGUUCAACGAAGCCGCCUCCUGAUGAUGACCGUAAACAUGGGUCCCAGCACCACACGGCGGGCCGCGUCGUUCGCACGCGCGCAAACAGACGAUGGCGUCCCCGGCGGACCCGGCCUUCACAGGAACUCGAAAGAUGACGAAGAAGCGCUGAACUCCAUCAUGAAGGAUCUGGCCGCCUUGGGCCGCUGCUGGCCUCAACUCAACAGCGGCAGCAAGGCCUCGAGCAAGGAUCAGCUCUUCAAGCAGGAUCUGCGGAUAAAGCUGGAGCACGAGGGCGAGAAACGCAUCAUUCCGUUCCCGAGGCCGUUGAAGUUCCGAGAGCUUCUCCAGAAGGUGACCAAUGCCUUCGGACAGCAGAUGGACUUGUUCUACGCUGACAAAGAGCUGCUGCUCCCCUUGAGGUCCCAAGAAGACCUGGACAGGGUCGUGUCGAACUUGGACCGCAGCCCCGCCGCCACCAGCCUUCGACUCGUGCUCAAGGCGCCCCAGGACGAUCGGCCGAGUCCGGCCGACGCUCGCCUGCAGUACCUGCAGGUGAACCGCUUGGACAAACGGAGCGAGAUGAUAUCCACGACGUCGCUCGUGAACCUCGAGGUUUCCCCGUUCAAAGACGCGGAGAGAACGCGCAAGCACUCCACAGGUUCCCUGCGCACGGGCCGCAGCUCCCCCCCUCCCGGCAGCGUGCCCGAGGAGCAGCAGCAGAUCGCCCGCCAGGGCUCCUACACCAGCAUCAACAGCGAGGGCGAGUUCAUCCCCGAGACCCUGGAGCGGAACAUCCUGGAGCCUUUCGGAAGUCCGGACGACUCGUUAUCUGACAACUGUCAUUCCCUGGACCAGUCGCUGGACAGCCCCCCCUUCUCCCAGGCCGGCAGGGACAGUAAUUACCUGAGCCUCGGCUACGAAUACAAAGGCAGACAUGGAAAAGGCGGCACGUUCCCCAGGCAGUUCCACCUGCCCGGCCACAGAAAGGACUACAAAGACGGCCGGAGGACCUUUCCACGCAGCUUCAUGCCCCAGGAGAACCUGUUCCAGCUGGUGCCGCCCAGCCGCACGCGCAGCUACGGGGACGGAACGAUGCACGGCUGCGACACUCGAACCCUGGACUGGUCCCUCGAGAUGAACGCUCAGCUUACCUGCCCCUCCAAGUCCCCUCAGGGACCUGUCAACUGGAGACUGGGGAAACUGCUGGGUCGGGGUGCCUUCGGAGAGGUCUACCUCUGUUACGAUGCCGAUACGGGCCGGGAGCUCGCCGUCAAACAGGUGCCCUUUGACCCCGAGUGCCAGGAGACGAGCAAGGAAGUGAACGCGUUGGAGUGCGAGAUCCAGCUGCUGAAGAACCUGCGGCACGAGCGCAUCGUUCAGUACUACGGCUGCCUGCGGGACCCCGAGCGCCGCAAGCUCUCCAUCUUCGUCGAGUUCAUGGCCGGGGGCUCUAUAAAGGACCAGCUGAAGGCGUACGGAGCCCUGACCGAGAAGGUGACGCGCAGGUACACCCGGCAGAUCCUCCAAGGGGUCCUGUAUCUCCACGGCAACAUGAUUGUGCACAGAGACAUUAAAGGUGCUAACAUCCUGAGGGACUCCUCUGGAAACGUGAAGCUUGGCGACUUUGGCGCCAGCAAGCGCAUUCAGACCAUCUGCAUGUCAGGAACAGGGAUGAAAUCGGUGACCGGCACCCCCUACUGGAUGAGCCCGGAAGUGAUCAACGGAGAGGGAUACGGGCGCAAGGCCGACAUCUGGAGUGUGGCCUGCACGGUAGUGGAGAUGCUCACCCAGAAACCCCCUUGGGCCGAGUUCGAAGCCAUGGCUGCCAUCUUCAAGAUCGCCACGCAGCCCACCAAGCCGACGCUUCCCGAGGACGUGUCCGAAUCCUGCCGGGACUUCCUGCGCCUGGUCUUCGUGGAGGAGAAGCGGCGGCCGACGGCCGAGCAGCUGCUCGCUCACCCCUUCGUCCAGGGCGUCUCGUAGUGGCUCCGUGGCCGGCGCCGUUCCACUUCGCACUUUGACAAGCACCCCUCUGCCUUCCAGAGUCACCAGCAAGCUCCCCAGAGACCCCGCCGGGGGUUGGCCGUCCCCGCCGGCAGACGUGCGGCUCCCCCUCUCCGCGGCAGCUUCACUCCGCCUGCCACCGGGGGGCGCCACCAGUGCCUCUGUCCCUCAGAGAACACGCUGCCAAAGGAAGUUCUUCCCAAGUCGAGAAAGUUUCGGUUCGCUCGGAACGGGAACCCGUGACUGCUCAUCGCUCGAUAUCGCUUGACUCAUCCAGCAUCGUGAGAGUUUAACUGAAAUCACAGAAAAGCAGUACCGCUAACAUUGCAGUACUAGUAUUGCC